CCAUGAUCGAAAAUAUAUAUUUAUUCAUCUUCAUUAAAUAUUAUUUUUUAAUUGCUACCGUUAGCCGAAGAUGUCGCCAUUCUGCAUUGCCCAAUCUGUACAUUUAGUUGUAGGAUAGGUAGGCGGUCCCAAUUGGCAUAAUCAUCCGGUAUGCAAACACUGCAAACAAAAAUACGGCGCGCUGAUAAGAGCCACUGUUUUGGGGAAUCUCUUGCGCUGCAAAGACAUCUAUCAUAGGCUUCCAUUGACCCCAAAAGCCGAUAUGGAUAACUCAGAAAGCGCCAGGACUGCUCGCGAUCAAGAGACGCCGAAGGUUGCAGAUGGAAUCGCAAUGCGUCGAGACAGCCUUGCUUCCCAUGAUUCUCGCACGGUUACCUCGGAAGAAUCCCACACAGCGAAAGAAUUCAUCGAGAAUCAACUACAGCUCGAAGCCGACGCGCGCGAAGCCCUUCCAUAUUCCUUCGACUCAUGCUCACAAGUUCUAGGCCCCCUCCGUCAAAGCCUCUUCGCUUGCCUUACCUGCAACCCGUCUACUAAACCCGACGAGUCGUAUACCCCCGCCGGCGUCUGCUACUCCUGCUCCAUCUCUUGUCAUGGCGAGCAUACCCUUGUUGAGCUAUUCGGCAAGAGAGACUUUGUCUGCGAUUGCGGAACUACUCGCCUCCCUCCUUCUGCUCCCUGUACGCUCAGAAAUGACCCGAGGACCGGCCGAAAGGGUGUCCAUUCGCAGGAUCCCGCGGCGAACAACAAAUACAACCAGAACUUCCAGAACAAGUUCUGUGGGUGCAGUGAAUCUUACGAUGCUGAUAAAGAGAAAGGAACUAUGUUCCAGUGUCUGGGUCUAGGUACGGUUGAGACGGGAGGCUGUGGAGAGGACUGGUGGCAUCCGGAGUGCAUCGUUGGUCUGCCCCGGGACUGGCAUAAGGCGCAAAAGAAGGAGGGAGAUGACAACGAAGAUGAGGAGCCGCCUUUGCCUCCGGGCUUCCCUGCGGAGGAUGAAUUUGAGACCUUCCUUUGCUACAAAUGUAUCGAGUCGAAUCCGUGGUUGAAGCGCUACGCUGGAACAGAUGGUUUUCUGCCUCCGAUUUAUUAUAAGGGUGGUCAAUUUAAGGUUCCUAAGGACGGCGAGUCUAGCAAGGAGGAUACGGCCAAUGCGCCACAAGAAAACGAAAGCAACUCAAAAAAGCGCAAGAUCGAGGACGACGAGGAUGAGCCAACAUCAAAGAAGCCAAAGGCCGAUGAGAGCAUUGCCGCAGACCCUGAGUCCAAGUUUGAGCACGAACUCGAACCCGAACCCAAACCAGAACAACCCACCAACAUACAUGACACCCUCCCCAAGGCCACACCCACCGGACCAUUCUCCCUCUUCCUCAAAGAAGACUUCCGCGACCAUUUCUGCCGCUGCCCUCAGUGCUACCCAGACCUCUCCAUUCACCGCCAACUCCGCGAAGAAGAAGAAACCUACGAACCCCCACUCUCAGAAGCCGACGACGAAGAACCCAACGGCGGCGGAAGUGCGGGUACCGGCUCCCUCCUCGACCGCGGCGAAGCAGCAUUCAGCAACAUGGACCGCGUGCGGGCUAUCGAGGGUGCAAUGGUCUACAACCACCUGCGCGAUAAGGUGAAGGAGUUCCUAGCGCCAUUUGCGGAGAGUGGGACUGCUGUUGGGGCGGAGGAUAUCAAGGAGUAUUUUGCGAAGUUAAGGGGUGAUCCUGCGGCGGCGACGAAUGAUGAUGGUGAGAGUAAUAGCAAUGAGGGUGGUAAUAGGCGUGAGCAAAGCGGAUAUUGAGGUGUUGUGUCGAGUUCUUUCUUAUUUGUAUUAUGGAGUAAUUAAUGUCGGACAGGGUUAGGUAUGUGUAUGACUAUGGGUAUUGGGGGAAAUGAUUCAAAGGCGCAACCGACGGAUGGUGUAUCAAUUAUGUUCAACUAAUUUGUAUUCGACGAGCCAUUGAACGAAAACCUCUAAAUGAACAAUAAUUUAUCAAGGAAUAU